CAAACUGAAGCAGGAAUGCUGCUGGAACUUUCCACCACAGCAUAUAAAAGCAGCAAGCAGUCCUAUCUGGGAGAGAAGCAGAGAGAUAGACGACAGACCAGCUACAAUCAGCACAGCACGGAACAGCCACUGAAGAUGAUUUGCCCAAGCACAAUUCAGUCUCCAUUCAGCCCCUUCAUGGACUUGCACUGGCCAGUGCGCAGUUUAUGGCCAGAGACGAGACCGCUGUUCUUUCAAAUUGAACAAGAAAUGGUGAGACACAUGCAAGAGAUGCGGCACAACUUAGAAUUCAUGGAACGCCUUCAUAGAAGGAUUUUCGAUGAAAUUGACCAGAUCUCUCCUUCUGUAACAUUCAAACCAAUCUCAUUCCAACUGGGAAAACAAGAAGACCACUUUGCACUGACCCUGGACACAAAAGAAUUCUCACCUGAGGAGCUGUCUGUCAAACAAGUGGGCAGUAAGUUACGAGUGAGUGGAAAGACAGAGAAAAAGCAAGAUGAUGGGAAAGGAUCCUACUCUUACAAAUGCCAGGAAUUCCGCCAGGAGUUUGACCUUCCUGAAGGUGUGAAGCCUGAGGCUGUGACCUGCUCCUUAAUCCAAGGCCAGCUACAGAUCCAGGCACCCAAAGAGAGCUCAGCUGUGCAAAAUGAGAGAGUGGUGCCUAUUACGUAUACUCCUGUGGUGAAGAGCACUCCUCCAGUGAGUCCAGAGCCUCAGGACCAAGCGACCCAGGAAGAUUCCUCUAAAAACUGAAAUAAGCAUUCUGAAUAAUAUACUAUGCUGGAUAUGAGCAUAUAGAGUAUUUGAACAUAUACAUCUAAUUUACCAUCAGUGGUACAUCUGUCUUCCUGGUUGAUGCCAGUGUGCUCUUUUCUAUGUUUAAAACUAAUUGGACUAACUACUAGUACAGUAGUAACUGGAGAAUAUAUUGUUCAUUUGUAUUGUUCAUUUCAUUGUGUAUUUGGUAGGGUUGGAGUGUGGGAAAUGUGUUGAAACUGGAAUCACUAGUUGAUCGACUUUGUACAAAAAAUACAACUGCAAAUAUAUUUCUCAAAUAAUGUUAAAUAAUUCCUGAGAAUAUAUAUAUAUAUAUGAUCAAUCAAUAAUAAGGUACUUUAGAAAGGGCUCGAUUGAUGGAAAUGUAACAUUUAGGCAACUUAUUUGGUGUAGUCUAAAUGUGAAUGUUAUGAAGAGAUAAUAAAAGAAAACAGCAGGUGAAACAACAAAAAAAGUGAUUAAAAAGUUAUUCAAAACAUCACGUG